AUGUUAGAGAUCUUAAGAGCCUAUGGAAUACCACACACAAUAGUUACAGCAGUAGGAGUGAUGUACACAGAUACCACAGCUCAAGUACGUUCACCAGAUGGAGAGACUGACUCCUUUACCAUCUUAGCAGGAGUGCUUCAAGGAGAUACCUUAGCAACAUACCUAUUCAUCAUAGCAUUGGACUAUGGUCUAAGAAUGGCUACUGAAGGGUUCGAGGAUCUAGGCUUCACCCUACAGGAAAGGAAAAAUAGCAGAUAUCCUGCUGAAAUGAUCAAAGAUACCGACUUUGCUGAUGAUAUUGCACUAAUCUCAGACAAUCUGGAAAUGGCACAGAAGCUCCAAGAACAAGUGGAGUCUGCAGCAAGCCAAGUCGGUCUACAAAUAAACAGUACUAAAGACAGAAUUCAUGAUGUACAACCUUCGUGA